ACAAGCUACAAGCUUUUUCUUUCUCGUUUUUUUUGUCGUUUCUCUUGUGCCUGUUACUAGAAUUCAACUUGAACAUGGAAUCCAAAAAACGACCAUUUCAACAUGACACUGGAUUAAACGCUAAUAUUUCUUGUGCUUCAUGUAAUAUUGAUGAUGGAGAUAUUUUAAUAUUAUCAACAUGUGGCUGUUUAUUCUGUCCAACAUGCAUUCGUGAUUUACAUGAAUCAUGUACAAAAUGUGACAAUCCUGUUAUAAGUGACUCGUUUCUUAAACUUGAAAAAGGAAAAUUCUGUAAAUACUAUGAACGUGGAUGUCAAUCAGGAGCAAAGUUCAUUUGCAGGUGCAUCAAAGAUGGAUUUCUUUGUGGAUCAUGUUUGAUUGACGUUCAUGUUAGAAUGAUCGAGCAACCAUGUAUUCCUGUUCCAAUCAAUUUAUCGUUACAAAAGUCAGUUAAUUGUGAUGACUGUAAGAUCCUUGUGGCUGAAUUUAUCGUGAAAGAUAUCAAGAAAAAUGUUUGCAUGGAUUGUAAAAGCAAUUACAUGGAACUUGAAACAUUGGUACAUGAACACGGGAAUAUAAGCAAGAACAUGGAUAAAGAUUUCGCUUUAACCAAGAGAAUCAUGAAUUGUAAAAGUCAAAAAAUUUCAACGAUUUUGUACCAAAGACAAAAUAUUCUUCAAGCUGAAGAGCAAAAGGUCAAAGAGUCAAUUGAGCUUAUCAAGAAUAACUUUACGCUUUAUUGUUCGCAAUUCGAAAAGGAGUCUGAAAGCUUAAAAAAGCAACAUGAACACGUUAAGAAGAUUGAAGGACUAAUAGGAGCUGGUGGAAUGAUAACAAAAAUAGUUGAAGCUGCUCAAAAAAGUCUUGUAAAUAUUCAGGGAGGAGAGACACGUUUACGCGAUUUUUUGUCAUCGAUGAGAAAUAUAAAUGUUCUUUCAUUCCCGAUAACUCGAGCAAAAUUCUCGAUCACUCAACAUGAAAAUAUUUACAUGGACUUACAGUCAACAUAUGAACAUGAACAUGAACAUGACCAUGAACGUGAACCGGGUCAAUCAAUUAAUACUAGUGCUAGUUCAAGUUCUGGAAUUCCUGAAUAUCAACAACCAUCAACCUCGUAUGCUUUCACUCCAAGAAAAGAUGUUCCAUUAACACCAACACCAUUGAAUACAGCUCGUAAUUUACGUUUUGAUGAAGAAGACUCUUUAAUCAUUGUACCUGAACUUGAACCUGUGUCACAGCAAAAACAAGAACCUGCUCUUGUACAAUUAACAAGAGUUCUGAGUCCAUUUUAUAUUUGCUGUGAGAUUCCAGAACUAGUUGAAACACGAUUCAUGAUUCUCAAAAAAAUCAAGGAACAUGAAUUAAGCUGGAAACCCUGUGAUUACGCGUAUGGUGACUUCGUUAUCGUGAAAGAUUCAGUUUCCGCCACAAAUCCAUUAAAAAGAGGAAGAGUCAAGUUCAUCGAUCGUGUUAAAGAAACUGUACGGGUUUUUCUUCUUGAUUUUGGAUUCGAUAUCAUGGUUGAAGUUAGAAAAAUUGGGAUGAUUCAUGACCAUGAACUUGAUAUUCCACCAGUAACAUGUAUGCUUGUCCAGCUGAGCGAUAUUAAACCAGUUUCGAAUUUCGUGUUUACAUCGAAUGUUAAGAGAUGUGCAAUAACAUUUCUCACGAAUCUUUUCAAGAAACAUGGAGCCAGGGUUCGUGUCACACGUCGAUAUGCUUACGAGGAUACAUUUUUUUGCCGAAUUAAGCAAAAAAUGGAAGGAGGUGAAGCAGAUUGGAGUCAACUAUUGAUACAAAAUAAGAUGGCCAUAUCUUGUAAAGAAAACGAUGGAUGCUUCAUUCCAGCAAAGAAUUAUUGUUUCAGGUUUCAUGGAAUGAACGAUUGUUCUUCUUUUAUUAAUUGUCAUCGUGUACACGAGUGUCCAUUUUGUAGUGAUAAACAUUCAUUGCAAAGUUGUAGAAAUUAUUUUUCAGUCAUGAAUAACUGA